AUGGUUCUAUCGUGGUUCUGCACUACUGCGAUAUGGAUGAUAGCCUGCAGCUUGUUUUCAGCUAUUCUCGCCACGCAAUCUGCCGCAAAAGCCGACGAGGAACUCCCACUUGACCAUCUACGACAAAAUAUUCGAAGACCGCGUCUGAUUCGGCUCUGGGCUCUUGUAGCUGUCAUGACGACUGUCGGACUUCGCCUGAUGCGGUCACAAGUGCCGUACAACCAUAUGUCCGGGGCUCUUCCAUUUACCUUCUUUGAAGCACUGCGGUCGAAGUCGAAACCGGAUCAGCUUGGUGAUCACGACUUCCCCUUGUUGGACUUAGUUGGGGAGGAGUACUGGGAAGCUCCUCGUGGCCAUUACAAAGGCCGGGCUCCUGGAGGACAUGACAAGAUCGAUACAACUGGCCGUCCUGAAUGGGCUUCUAAACUCUUACCACAUGGCUUUCAGCGUUGGGAGAAUGGGCCGGAGUCAGUGCAUGAACCCGAGGAAGGGCAACAGAAGCCACCGCAAAAUUACUACAAGCCAGCAAAUGAUCCUCUAAGAAUCACGAACCUUGAUCAAAAUGUCGUUGAGCCAAUUGCUCAGGCUAUCAAGAGCCGCAAUGUGCCGAUCAAUCAUGUUUUUCUGGUGAUGAUGGAAAGCGCCCGGAAAGACAUCUUUCCUUUCAAAGCGGACUCCCACCUUCAUCAUGAGAUUCUGUCAUCAUACCACAAUCCCGACCCAGCAAUUAACCAGCAUGUGGAUUCGAAGCUCUCUUAUCUGACACCGAUUGCGGAGCAAUUGACAGGUGAAUCGAGCGGCUUCCGAAAUAGCGGCAAUGGGUCCGACGGCCUGUGGAAAGAUACAGCCGAGUUUGGAAUGGGUGCUAUCAAUGUCAACGGUAUUCUCACUGGUAGCAGUCUCUCCUUCAAGAGCGCAGGCAUGAAUCAUUGUGGCGUUGGGCCUAUCCCAGUGGAUUUUAUGGGUGAAGUCAAAGCCCAGAUCUACCAGCCAUGCAUCAUGCAAGUAUUGGAUCUGUUUAACAAGCUAAAAGAAGACUUGACCGACGACACCAGGCCCAGUAUCCGGUUGAAUGAUGCCCAAAAUCGCAACUGGACAUCUGUCUUCCUGCAAUCUAUCACUGGUCUCUACGACGACCAAGAUUUACUCAACAAUCAGAUGGGUUUCAAGAAGGCUAUAUAUAGUUAA